UGUAGUUGAAACAUUUUAUUUUAGAUUCUUAGUGACUUUAGGUUAAACUUAGUGAAUAAAGUUUCUUCAACUUUCGCCUUGCAACCAUGGAAAUUUUGUCAAUUCACUCUGGGAAAGCUGGAAUAGAUGUAGGAUUAUCGUGCUGGGACCAGUAUUUACGGGAGCAUUAUAUCCUCUCGAACGGCGGCAUGGAUCCUAACAACCCUUGUUACAAUGAACUUUUAGAGUACAACACAUUCUUCGAAGAAUUAAACCCAAACGUUUUCACGCCGAGGGCGCUGCUCAUCGAUUGUGUUCAGGAUGAUCUGGAGAAAGUGAAGCAAGAUCCAAAAAUGUCGAUAUUCAGAAAGGAUCAAAUGAUACACGGGAACGAGUACACAUGCCAUGUCUACGCAAAAGGACAUGGUUUCGCUGGAAAAAAGAUUUUAGACCAGAGUAUGGAGGCUAUAAGGAUAAUGGCAGAGGAAUGUGACCAUCUUCAGGGGUUCAUUUUCUACCGAUCACUUGGAGGAGGAACAGGCACUGGAUUUACAUCACUUUUGACUGAAAAAUUAACAUCAACUUUUGAUAAAAUUGGAAUACACGAGUAUUCUAUACUUCCAGGAUCUCAUCCUUCAAGUUCUGCUGUUGCAGUUUAUAACACAGUAUUGAGCAUAGCUGAUACAUUGCAAACACCUAAAUGUGCGUUCAUGUUCGACAACAACAUCUUGUUCAAAUGGUGCAAAGAAAGGUUGAACAUCCUCGAUCCAUCGUACAGUAACAUGAAUGAUAUCCUAGCACGGAUUCUAUCUUCCAUCACUGCAUCAUUGAGAUUCCAAAGUGCUCUUAAUGUUACAUUAGAUGAUUUUCAUAGGUCUUUAAUACCACAUCCUCAGUUGUGCUUUCCUCUGGCCUCUUUUGCACCAAUUUCUCCAAGCAGUGAACCGACUGAAUGCACCGCACAUGAACUGAUAAAAGCUUGUUUUUCGGAUGAAAAUCAACUUUUGAAUUGUCGACUUAAAAACGGGGAGUUUUUAGCUUCCAGUUUAAUGUUUAGUGGUAAUGUCAGAACUGUAGACGCCAAUAAAGUUUUGACUAAACUUAGAAGCAGCAAUCAAAUAAAGUUUGUAGACUGGUGUCAAUCUAUUUUCAAAGCUGGCUUUAAUCCCAGACCUACUCAUAUAUACCCCAAAACUGAACUUGCUAUAACAAAAAGGCAAUUGUGCAUGCUCACAAACACCACUGAGCUGUCAAAAGUGUUCAGGGGUCUAAGGAGAAAAUACGAGAAACUGAUUAAGAAGAAAGCAUUUUUCCAUUUGUACAUGGAUGAAGGAAUGGAAGAGCGUGAUUUUUUCGGCGCCGCUGAAAAAUUGCAUACCCUGGAAAAGAAUUACGAAGAAAUACAGCAUAACAAUUACUGUCCUAAAAACGCAAUUCUCGAAUAACGCAAGCCGAUGAAAUAUUAAAUAUCAUUUGGCCAAAUUUUGCCACAGGCCGACAUUAGGUCUGUAGUUCUUCAGUUCACCCUAGUACUCUUUUUCAGAUGAUUCUCGGAUUAAAACGGUUGU